CUUUGCAAACUUGAUAAGUGCGAGUGAGAGAGUGAGAAGGAGACAAAAGAACGAAACCAAAGGGCUUCGAAAACUAUCUCCGAGAGAUCUGAGCUUUGGUCUCUCUGCUUACAUCAAUGGCGUCUGCGUUGGUAUACAACGGCGAUUUCUCCGCUGCAAAGUCUCCGGCGUCAACCAGCCGUGUUGCUUCUGUCUACAGCGAGGUUCAGAACAGCCGUCUCGAUCACUCUCUUCCUCUACCUUCUGUUCUCAAAAGUUCCUUCAAGGUCGUCCAUGGCCCCCCUAGCUCCGCCGCCGGCAAUCCAGAUGAGAUCGCGAAGCUCUUUCCUGGCCUAUUUGGGCAGCCAUCGGCAAUGUUGGUGCCAGGUGAAUCGUCCGAGUUUCCCUCAGGUCUGAAGUUGAAGAUUGGAGUGGUUUUGUCGGGAGGCCAAGCCCCUGGAGGACACAAUGUGAUAUCUGGAAUCUUCGAUUACUUGCAGGAUCGUUGCAAAGGAAGCACGGUGUACGGCUUCAGGGGUGGACCAGCUGGAAUCAUGAAGUGCAAAUAUGUGUUGUUGACUCCAGAGUUCAUUUACCCGUACAGAAAUCAGGGCGGCUUUGAUAUGAUCUGCAGUGGCAGAGACAAGAUUGAAACUCCAGAGCAGUUUAAGCAAGCUCAAGAAACAGCAUUGAAGCUUGAUUUGGAUGGGCUUGUUGUAAUUGGUGGAGAUGACUCAAACACAAAUGCUUGCCUCCUUGCUGAAAACUUUAGGAGUAAAAAUAUGAAAACUCGGGUUAUUGGAUGUCCAAAGACAAUUGAUGGUGACUUAAAAUGCAAAGAGGUUCCAGCAAGUUUUGGAUUUGAUACUGCAUGCAAGAUAUAUUCAGAAAUGAUAGGAAAUGUUAUGAUAGAUGCUCGCUCAACUGGAAAAUACUAUCAUUUUGUACGGCUGAUGGGGCGUGCUGCUUCCCACAUUACAUUGGAGUGUGCUUUACAAACUCAUCCAAAUAUUACUCUUAUUGGAGAAGAGGUUGCCGCAAAGAAGGAGACUUUGAAAAAUGUAUCAGACUACAUAGCUGAUGUGAUAUGCAAACGAGGAGAACUUGGUUAUAACUAUGGCGUGAUACUUAUACCAGAAGGACUUAUUGAUUUUAUUCCUGAGGUGCAGCAUCUCAUUGCAGAACUAAACGAAAUUUUGGCCCAGGAGGUUGUAGAUGAAGGUGGUCUUUGGAAAAAGAAACUUAAUGAGCAAUCCUUGAAACUUUUUGAUCUUCUACCUCCAGCAAUUCAGGAACAAUUAAUGCUUGAGAGAGAUCCACAUGGCAAUGUCCAGGUUGCAAAAAUAGAAACGGAGAAAAUGUUUAUUCAAAUGGUUGAAACUGAAUUGGAGCAUAGGAAGCAGAAGGGUGCAUAUAAGGGCCACUUCAAAGGCCAGUCACACUUUUUCGGUUAUGAAGGCAGGUGUGGUUUGCCAUCUAACUUCGAUGCCACAUACUGUUAUGCUUUGGGUUAUGGGGCUGGAGCUCUCCUUCAUUGUGGAAAAACUGGGUUGAUAUCAUCGGUUGGAAAUUUGGCUGCUCCGGUUGAAGAAUGGACUGUAGGUGGAACAGCAUUGACUUCAUUAAUGGACGUGGAGAGGAGGCAUGGUAAAUUUAAGCCUGUGAUAAAGAAGGCAAUGGUCGAGCUUGACGGUGCUCCAUUCAAGAAAUUUGCAUCCUUGAGAGAAGAGUGGGCCAUUAACAACCGAUAUAUCAGUCCUGGUCCAAUUCAAUUUAUUGGCCCAGUAGCUGAUAAAGUUAAUCACACCCUACUUUUGGAACUUGGAGGCCAGGGUUAACUAUUUAUUUCAAUUUCAUAUUUCUGCUUCCUCAGAUUUUUAAUUUCCCAAUAAUACUCCCUUUCCAAUGUUCAUUUUUUUUUAUUUUUUUGGAUGGUUUUUUAGUUAGUUUGUCGAAAUUUAUGCGACCCUUUUCUUGGACUAUGAUAAGUUUGAUAUACUAUCCUGCAUCAUUGGGUGCAUAAUAAUGAAAAGAUUGUCAAUUUUUGGUAUAUUGAUGCACUGCAAAA